GAUGGAUACAAACAAAUAUAUACAAGAAGGCCAGAGGUUGAGACAACCCCUCAACCUCAGAAAUAAACUAAUCAGUAGGAAACUUCGUUCUGAUUAUGAUGUCACAAAUAAUGGAAGCAAACCCUGCAAUAAAAAAAACGCUGCAAACUGUGCAACCAAUUCAAUCCAUCAAAAAGUGUCAGACACUCAAAAGGGAUCUUCAAUAUCUCCAGAUCAUACAGCUGCACGUCCAGUAAUGUUGUGUACCUUAUCAAGUGCAGAAAAUGUAGCAAAGGAUCUUAUGUUGGCGAAACAGGACAGAAGUUGCAAACAAGGAUGAAUUUACACAUACCAUCAAGGAACAUAAAGAAGAUGACUUUUACACACCUGUGGGACACCAUUUCGGACAACCAGACCACACUUUGGGAGACCUCAAUAUUUUUGUUCUCGAAAGGAAAUUUCAAAUCCAUUCAGGAAAGAAAAACUUUUGAACUAAGAAUGAUAAUUCUAUUUGACACAAGAUAUAAUGGCCUUAAUUUGGACAUGGGAUUCCUCAAUCAUUCUCCAACA